UUGCUUGCUUCUUGACCUUGCUCUGUGAUUUGCACGAAAUAUUUAAAUUUGUUCUAGAUAAAAAAAUAUAAAGAUAUUGUUAUAUUGAAUUUUAGAUAAGUUUUUAGAAUUGUAGUAAAACAAAAUAUUAUAUACAUGAUUUGCCAUCAGAAUACAAAGUAGUUUACACUUUGUUAUUUACAUCGAUUUUACAGUGGACUUUAGAAUCGAUAUUUAGCCCAAUUUCGUUAACUUUAUGUUACGUUUAUAUAAAAUUAUGUCCUAUAUAUUUUGUCUUGUUUAGAGUGUAUAAGUGAUAGUUAACAUGCUAUUCACGCCAAUUUAUAUAGCAAUGACUUUUAUAAAAACUUGGCGUAUUCGGUCGUUCAGAGCGCGAUUGCUCGAGUUCUUAAAUGGUAACACGAGUGUUGCUUUUUGCAAAGUGCCUGAAAAUGCCGCAGAAACUCCAACAUUAAGCUCCAAACUCUGUACAAACCCGAAGAAUGCUUAUCUCUGUGAUUUGCUAGACUAUACAAAUGCUACUAGAAUCUGCAGUAUGAAGCCCACCCAGUGUAUAGAAAUCAGUGACUGGGUAGCGUGUGCUGGAGGACUACCAUUAGGAUUUAAUGAACACUCACCUGUUUCUGACUUGGAUGUUGAUGUGCUAUUUGAAUGUGAGAUGGAGCCACAUGAAGCUAGUUCCUACCAAAAUAUUGCACAUUUGGACACUAUGGGCCAGCCAGUGGCAUGGAAAGCAGGCUCUCACCUGGCAAUAGUGUUAAAAACGAAUAUGGAGAACCUCAGUGUCAUUGGCUUCAACUUUGUUGGUGGUGAAUUUGUUAUAGAUCAUAAAUUGCCUGUUGUCAGGGUACAAACUGUUCAGUUAUCAGGGGAACCAAAUAAAGCCACUGACCCAUCUAUGAGGACCUUACGUAGUGAAAUCCAACAUAGUCUUAAAGCAUCACAUGAUGAGUUCAGGUGGCCUGUUCAUGCUGCAUUACUAAGAAAAUUGUCAAAAGUUGUAGAUAUUAAGUCAGAUAUCAAAAGUAGUGUGGAAAUGAAUGGAAGCAGAGAAUUGAUUCUUGACACAAUGACGCUUAGUAGAAAAAAUGUUACUUUAGCUGAUGUUAGUGUGAACACAACAAAGUCUCUUUCUGCUGAGGAUGAUGUUGAAAAACCUGCAGAUAUAAAAAUGAAUACUUUAGAGCCAUCACAGAAGGCUUCUGAAAAAACCAUAGAACACACUAUAGAAAGAAUGCUCGAAAAAACUAUAGAAAAAUCACCAGAAAAGAAAAUUGUAAAAGCACAACAACAAUCAAAUGAUAGUGAAUUAGUUGUUGAGAAUGUGACUGUUGAAAUCCAACAUAGUAUAACCCCAAAGAAAUCAAGUUUAAAAUUAGAUUUGAGAAAGGGUACUAGUCAGUUGUCAUCAUCUUUGCUCAAUAUAUCGAGUCAAAUUAAAUCAGUGACGACUCAUAAGCGAGUAGUUAGUACAACUGGUCCAAAAAAGUCACAACCACCAAUUGAAUCAUGCCCGCAAAUCAAAGAAGAUUGUACAAAAGGUUCUUCAUCUCAACAAUGUACACCAAAGUCUACUAAAUGUUCCCGUCCAUUAGUAAAUACUAAGUCGCCAAAUGUGUUGAUAUAUUCAGAUAGUAUAGCAGCUAGAGAUAAUUUGGAGGCAUCACUUAGAAAAGUUUUAGAUUGUGACAGGUACACGGUGUACGCGGUGUCGCGCGAGGCGCUGGAGGCGGGCGCGUGGCGCGGUCGUGCGGCGCUGGUGGCGGCGGCGGGCUGCGUGGGCCGCGCCGCGCCGCUGCUGCUGGCGCACCUGCUCAGCGGCGGCCGCCUGCUGGCGCUCUGUUCCGACCUGCUGCACGCCGUGCUGCCCUACUACAAGACUGCCGAGGUUCGUGAAAAUGAAAUAGUGCAGUUUUCAUAUGACAAAUGGAAAUCGGUGAAGAUGAAACAUCACAUAUUCUGUUACCAGGCGUCGCCAGCUAAGAAACAAUUUUCCACUGAAAGUGAUAGACAAGCAAGUCAGGAUAAUAAUAUUUGUUGGCCGUCCAAGUACACAGGCCAUCCGGGGCACGAGCUAGACAUCCAAGUACUGGCGUCUGAGGAGACGUGGCGGACACCUUCACUGUUGCAGGCCACCGACCUCACCAACAACGGAAUUGCUAUUUUUUCACAAAUUCAUCUAGAAGCCGACCCGAGCGACUAUCUAGGAGAAGAGGGUAUUAAAAGUAAUGAAGCGCGCUUAGAAAUUAUUCACAAGAUCUUAGGAGACAUCCUUGGGCUUCAUGUUGUGAAUCCGCGGGAGAUAUCUCCUGUUGAAUACACUAGGGGUUUCUUUCUUGGAAAUCAUGUGCAUAAGUUGUCACUUGUAGAGCAGUGGUGUACGCCUACGCCGGAGGGGAGGCGUGUUCAAAAACUUGGUGACUUGACUAUACAGUGGUGUUUGCGCGGCGAGACACCUAUCGAGCCGCCCUCGGAGACUUUUCUGCCGGUCUACGUUUAUGAAUGCCCAGAACACUUUUCUACAGUUGAAUAUUUUGAUAACCUGACGUCGAAGCAGAUGGGGCUGGUGGUGCCGGACGUGGUAGUACGACCCAGGGCCCGCGCGCGCAACCGCUGGCUGUCGCCGCCCGGGCAGGCCUCCGUCUCGCUGCAGGUGUGGCAGAAGAUGUCCCCGUCCCUGCCGCUGCUGCAGCACGCGGCUGCGUUGGCCGCAGUGCGCACAAUCCGCUCGCGGCCCACAUAUGAACACCUCGACAUUAGGAUAAAAUGGCCGAACGACAUAUAUUAUGGGCGCGAGUUGAAGAUCGGCGGGACAAUCACCACGGCGAAUUGUAUCGGUGACGAUGUUAUUAUCCAUAUAGGUACCGGCGUCAAUAUAAGCAAUAGCGUGCCGACGACGUGCGUGAACGACAUCAUAUCUGAGUACAACAAGCGGCACGGCUCCUCCCUCGCGGCUUUCUCCGUGGAAUGCUUCCUGGCGCUCUACUGCUCACACCUCGAGACCAUACUCGAGGACAUGGCCGCCCCCGGGGGCAUCAAGCGCUUCCUCGAGCACUAUUACCAGUAUUGGCUGCACACGGGGGAAGAGAUCCGCCUGCAGAGAGAGGGCACUGCCACGCCUGUAUCCGGCUGCAUAUCGGGCGUAGACGAGGCCGGCUGGCUGCUGGUCAACACGCCCAUCGGAGAGCUGCGGGUCGCGCCCGACGGGAACACCUUCGACAUCAUGAGCGGACUCAUCGCGCCCAAGCUAUAGUGGAAUUGAUCCUAAUUUUAGGUAAUAACUGCCUUUCUAUCCAUCAACUUUGACUUUUUAGAUUUAUUUAAUAUUUCAAAGCUAAAUUAAUCACAAAUCAAAUUUCGUUUAUGAAGAAACGCUCUCUGUCUGUAGACUUGGUUCUGGUAAUCUUUCGUCGUAUACACGAAAUUAUGGUCCGAAGUUGAAUAUUGUAAACCAUAUUCUAUUCUGAUGGCGAUAAUAUAAUUUAUUUAAGCGCAGUUUCAAAGUAGUUUUGGCUUAGUUUCAAUGACCAAGCGGCGUUGUGUAUUUAUAUACAUUACUACAACUACAAAAGUAUUAGAUGAGUUGUACGUAAACACUUUAUAUUAGCCAUUAAACAAAGUUUUAUAUACGUACUUUUUAUAUUUGGUUGAGGUUUUAAUUAUUUCUAAUAUGUUAAUGUUCCAUUAUUCUUAAAAAAAAAAAAUUAAUUGAUAUGGUGUAUUUGAGGUAGUGAAAAAGUUUUGGUUCUGGUUUACGUCUUAAUCUAAAUUGAGUAUAUUUAAUAUUAUUUUCCUUCAAUGUAUCUGCUGACUGCAUACUGUUUUGUAGAGAGAAGUAAAGGAAAUAUAUUCGUUGUAGAUUGAUGACUAGAUUGCUUAUUAUAAAUAGAACUUGCUUAAGAGUACCAACAAGUUGUUAUGUUUUGAUAUAGUCAUAUAUUUUUGUUUUAUGUCAUGUUAAGUGACUUAGUCCAUUUCAAGACGUUAAAAUCACUUUGCACAAUAAUGUAACAAGUUGAUUUAAUUGUAUACUUUUCAGUAUGUUGUAGAAUAGUAACUUUUCAACAAGUAAUAACUUAAUUAGAGUGAGAUAAAAUGAAAAAUUACAUGAUUGUGAUAUAAUUUUUAUUAUAUCACAUUUGUUAGCUUAAAAUUAUCAAAAGACUUAGACUACAUACAUCACAAAAACAGAUGGAGUGUGGGUAUGUCUGUGAUUACAGAAUAAUUGUUUUCUUAUUUUAAUUUUUUCCGCCUAUUGUACUGGGAAACUGUACGCUUUAUGAUUUUUUUAUUUAAUAUUAUAUUUGUACUCAUAUGUAGUUUUUGUUUGAACUAUUGCCAGCUUUGAUUAUUACAGCGUUACUAUAAUACAAUGUCAAAUAGUUUUUUAUCUAAAUAUAAUUUAAGCAUAUAGACAACGUCAACAGACAAUUUUAAAAAGUAUGACUUUAAUAUCACUGUGAAAUGCAAUAAAUAUUUGAAUUGAAUUAAACAAUACUUAUCGUUAUAUAACUAUUAUGUUAUUUAAUAUCGUUAUUGCGAAAAAAUCUCUCCAAUAAUAACGUAUCAGAGAUAUUAUUUUACAGAAUAUAAUAUAUUAUACAGGAGAUUUCUAUUUGCAACUAAAAUAUAUUUAUAAAGAAUUUGUGCCAUUUUCAGUCAGAGUAUAAAUUAUCUUUUAUGUAAUUUUUAAAACUUAAACACCAAAACUGUAUUACAAUAGUACUUGUUAGUGUGUAGUAGAGUUUAUAUUGAAUUCUUACAUGGUAAGAUUAUUUUUUGUACAAACAUUUUUAUGUUAAGCGUAUGAAACGCCUACUAGGGGCUUUAAUACAAUUUAAGCCUCACAAACCUAGGUUCGAUUUUUAAAAAAGUUACUGUGUUACUUGUUAAAAAAAAUAAGAAUUGUAGCUUAUAGCAAUCAAAGUCAAUGAAAAUGUAUUAGUACAUUAGUUUCAUAUAAGUAGAUACCAUACCUUAUGUAAGGUUUAUUUUAAGUUAUUAGUAGUAGGAGGGUAGAGGGCGUAGGGGGUAGUGUGGUCGUAAUUACAAAAAAAAAUAAGUUAUUUGUAUUUUCGUAUUUCUUUUUUUUUUAUUUUUAUAUUUUUUUACUUCUAUUAAUUUUGACUAUAUAAAUACGCCUGAAUAUGAAGUUUUGAAACCGAUCGCGUAUAUAAAUAAUAAAAACACUUUGGUAAAGACAGUGGAACAAUGUACAAGUAUUUUGAAUAAUAUUAUAUAAUUAAUAUGACAAAAUUCCAUCAAGAAAUUACAACAAAAUCGGUGUUUUUUUUUUUAAUUUUUCAACUUUUUUAUUUCACAUUCGGUACAUUUUUACUAACAAUAUCAUAAACGUAAAGCAAUUAAGCUUAUGUAUUAUAACAGGAUUAGACAUUAAAUGGAGAAAUUAUGAUAAACUGCUACUGUCUUCAUAGUACUGAUACUGAUGCUGCUAUUUACUUUAUACAUUACGAAAAGGACUUUUACAUAAUAAGCGACGAUUCAGCAAUGUCACUGCUCGUAUAUCGAUCUAAAACUUAAAAAAAAAAUGCAUCCGCUGCUCUAAAAUCUAAUGAAACAAAUAUGGCGAACAUCUUUCGCCAAUUACUUGUUUUGAUGUUGUAAUUAUUAUAAUAAAUAAAAAUUAUUUUAGACCAAUUAAGUCACGGGCCUAUUUUCUUAAAAAAAAUAUCUUUAGAAACGAUUCCUAACAAAAAAAUCUCGCAGCGAACACGCUUAACAUGAACGAGGCCCUACUUGGUGACACAUAACACACGUGUUCAAAUAGUGAAGCGAAUGAACAGGGUGGUUCAUAUAGAAGGUUGUAUGUAGAUGUUAUGAACUAUAUAUCACAUAGAUAACUCAGCGAUGUCACUGCCAGUGCUCUUAUCGAAUAUCGUUAGAUCAAUGUAAAAUAUCUGUCCGGGUGUAUCGACAUAAUUAUAAACAUAUAAAGUUAGCAGUAACGUCGUAUUAGUUUUAACUUAAUAUCGCGUUAUUAGAUAAUUCAAUAAUGAGACAUGUCGCUGGCGAAUUAACAUUGAUCAUAGAUACUAAUCGUGUUUGAAGAAAAUUAUUUCUCAUGUCAAUUAUGUCGCUGUUAUGUUGGAAUCUCUGAAACAUUAACAAAUGUAUCGAUAUAUUUGUAAAUGCUCGUAUCAAUCCUAUUUGUACUGGGUACCUCUGCUUGCCAAACAAUAGACAUACUAGUUUAACUUAUAUAAUAAAAAGUAAUUAAAAAGGGGAGCUGCCUAUUGUAUAUUAUUUAACUGUAUGUGACAACGCAGGGGUGAGUUAAGGGAGGCAAUAUUCCGGCCCGUCAAUGCAUAGAUAUAUUUUAAAGGAAAGUAGUUAACGUAAAAUUAUUAUUUUUAAACUUAGACACAAAGAUAUUCAAUAGUUAUUGCUUUUGACUUGUAAGUAAUAUAAAUAAAAUCCUUAUAGUCUUUAUGUCGAUGGCAAAUGGCUGUCAUCUGGGUAAUAUAAUGUGUUGCAUUUUAGGCCAUCACUUUUCAUAAGGUGGUGUAAGUCUAAGCGUGAACCUAUCAUACAAUAAAAUACCUAUUUGUUGCACCAUUUUUUUUCUCAUUAAAUACAUAAAAUAACACAAUGGACCUGUCUAUUCGGCGAUGUUAUGUACCAGUCGAUUAAUCUUAUAAGCGAGUCCAAUUCAUAGGCAGUUCCUCUUUCUAAAUAUAAUUUCAUUAUCAGAAUAUUGAAUUAUUCAUUGAAUGAUAUACACGGUAUUAAUUGAAUAUAAAGAACAGGUAGAAUUAAUGCAAAUGAUUUAUUUACAUACCUAAUAAAUAAAUAUAUUGUUGGGAUAUUCUGCUUUAAAAUACAACAUGACAUUCCUAAAAACUAUUAGGAUAAGUACUUAUUAAGUGGGAGUGGAAAAUAAUUCCUGCAAUUUGAAAUGUGUGCAGAAUUAUAUGCAGUAGAUAAGAGUAGAUUAAUAUAAGCGGUAAUGGUAACAUAUUGUUAAUAUUGACAGAGUUUCGAAUGUUGUUUUUAUGAACUAUUUUAUCUCUCUACAUAAAAGUGUUGGCCUCUUUAAAAAAUUAACCUACUUGUGUAGUGAGUGGAUGGUGUAUUUUAGUGGUUUUAACUGGUUAUCAUAUUUAGCAAUUACGCUCGUAAAAAGCAUAAACAAAUAAUAAAUAAACGUAAGUGAUGUUAUUUAAUUAUACGCAACUAUAUUAGUGCUUCUUUUGAUUGUUUAUAUUACUACAUUCUUGAUAUUGUAUCGGAAAAAUGUGCCUAAAAUGUGUUAAUGCACAUAAUGCAUUUAAUUGUAAUGUUAAUAGAUUUAUUAAUUAUUUUAAUUAAAAUAUUAUAAUGUAGAAUUAAUAUAAAUCACAAUAUUCUACUUGGAUGUAAUCAGUAAAAAAAAACUAUUAACUUUUUUAUAAUUUAUUAUUAUAUUAACUAUUUUAGCAAUUAUCGGUACAGUUCUUAACUUCGAAUACUUUCGAAUAUUAACAUUGAAUAAAUAAAUGUGGGUGAUGGGAAAAGAGUCGUGCUGAAUGGGAAAGGAUGUUUUCGUAUUAUUCGCAAAAAUUCUAGUCAUUUUGCUGUUGUCGUGUGAUGUUUUGUUAUUUGAUAAUGGAGUCUAAAAUGUUAUACAAUUUCUUGUUAUAUUGCUCUUGUUGUAUCCAUGUCGUCUAAUAAAUUAUUUCACAAUAAACAA